CAAAUCGCAAUGGUAUAUCCUGUUAAAAACUAUCAAUAACACUUUGAAUAAGCAACCCCCAUCAGGAAGAAAUACAAGCAAAAAAAGUCGUCGCAUCAGGCAUCAUAGCAAAUGGGUCCUAACAAAGGAAGCAACCGCAAGUACACGGGGUCUUGAAUUUAGAUUAUAUUACAUAUUUUGUAGAAUGAUUAGAUGCUAUUAUUUUAAUAGAUUGUCUGUACUAUCAAGUGGAAUAGGGUCAUCGGAGGGGAAUUAAUUCAAGUUUAGAAUUUCGAACAGCUUUCUCAGUGUAACGUGUUAUUGUCAUUGAUUAGUUGCAAAUUAUUGAUCGCUAGCUAGCUAGUUUUACUGGUUCUGCCAGUCUCAAUGUAGACUAUUCUGUUGUUUGGUGGCACAAAUAGUUUGGUAUUAACUUGCUGGUGCUCGCUAGCAAGCCAGCACCAGUUAUGAUACCUGAUGCUUUUCAAUAUUUAUCAAAGUAGAUUAGCUAUCUACCUAGCUGGCUACAGUAGCAAGCUACUGUAAUUUAGCUGGCUAGUUAUACAUAACAUUUAGCUGUGUAGCAAGCUAGCUAUUCAGUUUUGUUGUAAGAUGGUUUAUAUAAAUAGCUAAUCGUGUUUACAAUUUAUUUGUAUAGUUUUAUUUUUACAUGGAACGUGUGUAAUUGGGUAGGUGGCCAGCUAACGUGCAUACAAGCCUGCUAGAGGCGGCUAUCUAAUAUCAGACGAAACACUAAAAUCGACCAGUUGUUCGUAUAGAUUAAAUAGUUAGAUUUAUAUUUCAAGAUGGAUAAAAAGGCCUUUGACAUCGUAUUGGACGAAAUACGCAAGUGCGUGCUAACCGAUCAAAGGAUUAAGGCAAUAGAGCACGUGCACGGGUAUUUCUCCAGUGAGCAGGUGACUGAGAUGCUUAAGUACUUUUCCUGGGCAGAGCCACAGAUAAAAGCAGUGAAAGCUAUGCAACAUAAAAUGGUGGCCAUGCCUACAACCAAAGUGGCCAAUAUCCUGAACUGUUUCACAUUUUCAAAGGAUAAGCUCAUUGUUCUGGAGCUGAUAGCGCUGAAUAUCUCUGAUGCCCACAAUUACCGGCCAGUUGAAGACCUUUUCCGCAUUCAUGCAUCUGAGAAGAAGCGGUGCAGGAGGAUCUUGGAACAGGUUUGCAAGGUGGGCUGCAAGGCUCCGGUGGCAAUGGUGUCGUCCUGUGGGAUGAUCCCCGGGAACCCUUAUCCCAAGGGCAAGCCCAGCCAGGUCGCCGGAACAUUCCCUGGGAUUCCGGCCAAAAAGGACGGAGAGGAGGCUAACGCUGAGGGAAAAGGGAUCGCCGCUAGGAUCAUCGGCCCCUUCAAGCCGUCUCCUUCGACGUACAACCCCCACAGGCCUGUGCCCUACCCCAUCCCCCCCUGCAGACCCCAUGCCACCAUCGCACCCAGUGCGUACAACAGCGCGGGCUUGGUGUCAGUCGGCGGGGUCAUCACCGCCAACGUGCCCCCUCCUCCCUACAGCGCCACGCUGAACCCAGCAGCUUUCUCCCGUCCAGCUAGCCAACAGAACCACGCCUCCAUCGCAACGCCCACCAUGUCCCCCCACGGCUCCAACCCCUCCACCCCGUCCACCCCCGUCCCCUCCCACCCCUCCUCCACCCAGCCCCCUCCGACCACCCCCAUCACCCCCGUCUUCCCCGGCCUGGUUCCCUCCCAGAACCUGGGGGCCGCCACCUCCCCAUCCGUCAUCAAAGGUCCACCCGCCACCAUCGCCCAAACCUCCAGCGGGCACUCCACCCCCAUCCCCCAGCAGUACGCAGGGCUGCCCCCUUCCGUCACCCCCACGCCCUCCGUCAUCAAGUCCCACACCCCGUCCGGGACUCCCUGUGGGACCCCCGUCCCCAGCGGAGGCUACUCCCCGUCUCCUUACGCCAGCCUGUCACGCUCGGGAACCCCCACCGCCCUCCCCAGGAGCGCCGCCGACCCUUCGGCGGGGCUGCCCGCCCACAAGGGCUACCCUGACCCCCAGACGGGCUCCCCUUACCCCGGGCUGCCCCCUCCCGCCGCCUCGCCCGUCCAGUCGGUCAUCCGCAGCUACACCCCCUCCGGCCCCCCGCCCUUAACCCCGGGCCACUCCGCUCCCGGGCUUCCAGCUUUCGCCGGCGCCUCCGCCCAGAGCCCCAAACCCUCCGCCCUGGCCUCCCAGGCUCAGAUGGCGACCAGCGGGGCUUUCUACGGCGAGCAGGCCCUGUCGCGGCACGGGAGCGGCAGCAACAGCCCCGUGCCGUCGGCCUUCAAGGGCCCCUCCCGCUCGGGGACGCCCUCGCUGAGCUCCCUGGUCAUCCCAAACUCCGCCGCCCUGGUGCGCUCCCUGGGCCUGGGCCACUCCACGGGGUCCCCCCAGGCCUCGCUCCCCAGCCCGGCCGCCAUGGCGGGGCUCCACGGCCUGUCGGCCGCCCUGGGGCCCCAGGGCACGGGCAGUCCCUCCCCGCACCCCUUCCCCGGCCUGGGGGCCUUCCCCUCCCUGUCCUCGGCCUCCCCGUUCCCCGGGGUGCCGGUGUCCUCGGUCUCCUGCGCCGUCUCCUCCGCCGCCCCGCCGUCCUCCGUCUACGCCGGGCUGCCCCACGCCGUCACCCCCUCCCAGUCCCCCUUCGGCCUGGGCCUCACCACCACGCACAGCCUGUUUCCCCCCGGCCUGCCCCCCGGGGCCAGCGCCGCGUUCCCCGGCUUCGGGGGCUCCGGUAGCCCCGCGGCCGGGAGCCCCGUGCUGUCGUCUCUGAUGGGGCUCCAGGGGGCCUCGUCCUCCGUGGCCACCGUGGCCCCCCUCCAGGCGGCGGCUGUGGCGGCGGCCACUGCUGGGGUCCCCUCCUCAGCCCCGGUGCUGCCCGGGUUCGCCUCCGCCUUCAGCUCCAACUUCAACCCCGCUCUGGUGGCGCAGGCUGGGUUAACUGGCGGUCUCCAGCCUCCGGGGGGCGCAGCAUUCCCAGGACUGCUGUCUUUUCCUGCUAUGGCAGGCUUCUCCCCUGCCGGCGCCUCACCCGCCGCCCUGUCCGGGCUGCACAACCCUGCCAUGCAGUCCGCCCUGCUACAGGCUCACUCUGCCUCCGCCCUGGAGAACUACCCACCUCAGCCCAACGGUUUUACCAAUUACCCUCCCGCCCCAGGCGCCCCCUUCAGCCUGCAGCCAGGACUACACCCCCAGCUCGGCUGGCAGUGACCCGACCGCUGCUCCGCCUUCUGACGCAUCAAACAGCCACAACUCCACCUUCAGACGCAUCAAACAGCCACAACUCCACCUUCAGACGCAUCAAACAGCCACAACUCCACCUUCAGACCCAUCAAACCGCCACAACUCCACCUUCAGACGCAUCAAACAGCCACAACUCCACCUUCAGACGCAUCAAACAGCCACAACUCCACCUUCAGACGCAUCAAACAGCCACAACUCCACCUUCAGACGCAUCAAACAGCCACAACUCCACCUUCAGACGCAUCAAACAGCCACAACUCCACCUUCAGACGCAUCAAACAACCGUUUGUUCAGCGCCCUGUCCACUCCCUGGUCGGUGCAGCCUGAGAAUGGCCUUUUGAACCUGGCCAGAGAAACCAGCCUUUUCUGUCUCUAGCAGCAUUGGAGGUUGUUUUAAUCACGAUAGCAGGUCCAAGCAGAUAGAUUUUUUUUUUUUUUUUUUCUUAAACAUGCUUUUUGCGGUACACAAUGACGAAAGCGGAUAUGUUCUUGUAACCCAGUCUGGUGUUGGGAUUGACCAAAAACGCAGCGAUGAGAGAACUGAAUGAAACCGAAGCAGAACUGAAUUGCGGGAGUCCCCACUUUGAUGGGGUUCUACAGUGCAUGUCAGUUAUGCAUUGGUAAUGCAUAGGUCGAGUAAACAUCAAAAAGCUGUGACUGUGCAUGGGCAUAUUGAUACAGAAUACGUAAAACACAGGAAACGCAUACCUAGUACCUGAGCCUCUGGGUUUAUACUGGCAGUGGUUUAUGGCGUAUAUACAUAGUUUGCAAUUUGAUAUGGGUGCUACAGUACUGUGUGUGUGAAACGAGAGGAGAUUCAGUGCAUUGUAAUUCCAUACAUUGCAAUUCGAAGCCACCUAUAUAAGCAGAAAAAUGCAAUUGAUAUGCAAUAUGUUGCCAUCCUAAAUUGUGAAGAACAAGUUGUAGGUGUGAAAUACUGUCUUCACGAGUUGACUUAUUAAAAAUAUAAAUGAAAUGCAACCACUAUUUCUAUUUGGUAAAAAGAUAAACUGUGUUGUCCAUUUGACCCAAUUUGUUAUUGGUAGUUAUAUUUGUCUUAUUGCUUGGAACAUCAUUUCAGACAUUGUAACAAUUCAUAUUAAUGGCAACAAUUAAUAUUUUGCUUUCAAAAUUCUGUGCAGACAACAGUUUAUAUGUUAGUAUUAUACUGAAAAGAUCAUUAGGACAUUUUAAGGAUGCAUCAAGGCAAUACUAUAUUUGAGUAUUUUUUUAUUGAAGUAGUUUCCCAGGCCACAAUGUCUUGAAGAUGAAAUAGUUGAUGUAUUUUUUUCAUGAUUUUCUUCCUGACGUCACAGUCAAUUUGGUUAUUAUAGUACUGUAUGCUGUGUUUUGAAACUUUUAUUUGAAGUUUCAGACUUAUUUUGACUUCUACUGCGUGUACAAAGAAAAUAUUAGAAUGAGCUUCAGAUGGCUUGACUUAAAUAUGUAUGCAUUCAGGAAUAAUCAGGUAAAUCCACAAUUUAUCCAAUGUUUCAACAGUGUGCGUGUUUCAGUGACUGUGGGCUACUGAAUGAAAUACAUUUUAACCUCAGUUAGAAACAGUUUUUUUUUUAAUGUGUAGAAUUGUUUAACGGAAAGAAAAAGCUACGUAGACUUGAAUUAUUUGAAGCAUGGAACAUUAUACUGUAAACUGCUUUGAUGUUUUUUUUUUUGUUUUUUUUUCUAUUCUCACCUUUGUAUUGCAAAAUGAAAUAGACAAAGGCAGUUAUACAAUUCACAUGCAAAUUCAGUUUACACUGAACUGGUUUUUAAUGCAUUUUUAACUUGACUAUCAUGAAAAUCAUGCAGAUUCAAGGGUUCUGUCGAUUAACUUGUUAGUAUCACAAAUUAAACCUUUUUUUUU